AAAAAGUAGUUCCAUCUCACGUGUUACAAAAUGGCAGCCACCAUGGGACUCCGAGUUCGCAGUCUAAAUCUACCUGUUUCAUUGCUUAACGUCGUUUGCCGGCGUCAGUUAAGUUCCACAAGGACGCUGUUCGCCGAAACCAAAGAAGUUAACAAAGAAAAUGGAAGUAAAUCUGAGGAGGAGACGAAGAUGACAGACCUCGAGCAGAAGCUAACAGAAGAGAAGGCGAAACUAACAGCUCAAGUAGCAGAGUAUACAGAUAAAUAUAAACGAGCCCUUGCCGAGACGGAGAAUGUGCGGAUGAGGUUUACCAAGCAGCUAAACGAUUCCAAGAUCUAUUCAAUCUCGGGGUUCUGUAAAGACCUCUUGGAGGUUGCCGAUAUCCUGGGGAAGGCAACCACCAGUGUACCAAAGGAUGCUGUGAGUGGUGCUGAUGCAAACAUUCACCUCAAGAACCUCUUUGAGGGCCUCGUCAUGACGGAGACGCAACUACAGAAGGUAUUUGCCAAGAACAAGCUAGAAGUGAUAAACCCUGUUAACAAUGAGAAGUUUGACCCCCACAUUCACGAGGCUCUCUUUCAGAUUCCUGUACCAGACAAGGAGCCAGGGACAGUCGCCGUCGUAGAGAAAUUAGGAUAUAAAUUACAUGAAAGGACUCUUAGACCAGCCUUAGUAGGGGUCACCAAAGCAAUUUAAUACAUGCCCUUUGACCUGUUGUGAUGCUGAGAGAAAGAAAGAAAGGAACAAUGCAAUGUGAUCAAUGAACUUGGCUUCUAGACUUGAGGAGAUAUCAAGAAAGUAAACUAGACUAUCGGAAACCUCUUCGGCAGCAGAAAAGGAGAACUGGACUAAGGCCUGGAGCCCUGGACUAAAUCGGUCUUGCAUCAUGUUGGACCAUGAGCUCUGAAGAUUGGUCUUGGUACACCUCUAUGGCUAUGCAGAUAUCAUGUCUAUAUAGAUUUAAGAAUACUGUUUCCUCUUCUUAUAGUCGACAUUGAUUUGUCUAAUUUCAUAUAGAGUUGACUUUUUAAUUUCUAAAUGCCAAGGUAAAAUCAUCUAAACAGUUAAAUCUUAAUACAACAAACACUCAUUGUCCAAAUUUAUGAAUGUGGUCAACUCUGUAAGAAGGAAAACUUUCAUGAAGCUAAGCCUCAUAAUAGAUCACCUAUAUGGUCAGGCGUGAUUUAUAAAAUAGAAGUCUCUUCAAAAUAAAUCUUUAUACUGUAUGUUUUUGUAGAAAAGAAAUACAGGUAAAUUACUAAAUUUUGUUUCUGUUUUGUAUGUGUACUUCUUAUACCAGGUCCCAAAAUCAGGAUUAUGGCCUCAGGGCAUUUCCAUAGGAAUAAUAGUGCUUUCCAUUUAUGACAUCUACAGUACAUUCUAACAUUUCAAGUUUUUGAACUUCUUGUAAUGAAACUGCAAAGGUGAUCGAGGCCUUGAGUAAUCCAGUUGUGCGUCUUGAGCAAAAUGAUAAUUAAUAUAACCGCUUUAGAUUUGUGUAUAAAUUAUAAUUUGAUAGAUUAGAUUUCUAUCAUAUUUAUAUAUUCAUAUAUUUCUUGGCCCACUUUCUUUUUAAAGCAAAUGUCAAGAUUAGGGUACAAAUAGCAGUUUACUGCCAUUUUUCGGACAAAAGGAGACCCUCUUCGUUCUUACCCCAUUAUCAAACUGAGGAAAGAUAUUUUAUGUUCCUAAGCCUAACUGGAAAGGGUUUUUAUUUCACAAAAAGUGUCUCAGCAAAUGAAAUGGUAAUAUUUUAAUCGGAAGGUUAGUUUGAAAAGCAGGAAUUCUUCCUUUUCAUUUAUCUCAAUAUUUGUUGAGCCAAUUGGUAUGGACAUGCACGUAAUAAAACCGGAAGUAUAUCGUAAUGCAUCUUUACCGGUAUAUUCAUAUAGAUUUUAUAUCAAUAUAAAUCUACAAUACAUGGUGGUAUAGAGUACCCAAAUGCUCUCGUCAUAUUCGCUCGUCGUCCGGGCUACUGGUUUCAAACAACAGAGCCUGCAAAUGCAGUUUAGCGUGAAAUCAUUCAAGCAGCGAGCCUGGAGCAGGGCAAAUACAGUGUUUGGGGCUGGUGUGAUCACCCUGCAAUUGUUUAGCACAAAAUCGUUUCGAACCAGCAACCUUGACAGCUUGGCCAGUAUGAUGUCACACUUCGGUACUCUAUCGCUCAUUACCUAGUUACACUAACAGAGACUGGUAUGAUAUUGUCAGUUAUUCGUCGGUCUAGAGUCAGUUUUCGCAGUGUGGCUGUGGGAUUGAGACCCAAGUGGCAUCAAAAAUAUGUAAUUCAUCAAUAUGGAAAAAUAAAAACUAUUAUUCAUGUAUACCUGUCA